AUGGAAGUCGCUAUGGAGUUGGAAGACGACUUGUUCUUCGCCGACUUGAGCAAGCAGAUUUCUCUACUGAUUAUGGAUGAUGAUGAAGACCCAGUUGCUCCUCCCCCUUCUGUUGGCUUCCAGGCAUACUCGAGAGUUAUUUACCCAGCAGCGCAAUCUCCAUUCAUGUAUGAGCAGAAUUGCAGAAGGGAGAGCAAAGGGACGGGCGUGUUCAUCCCACAGUCAACACAGCCAAGAAGGAAGCAGAGGCAAGCCAGAUACACUGCUAAUGGCCUCCAGAUUAAAGGUCACAGGAAGCUAGACGACAAAAUGGCUGCACAAGUAGCAACUUACACCAAUUCCUACAACUCAAAGAAGGGAUGA